AUGGCGAUUGUCUUUAUGGAGGAAAUAUUGAAAAGGCUUCCUGUAAAGCCAUUGGCUCAAUUCCGAACAGUCUCAAAACCAUGGAAGGGUUUGAUCGACAGCCCUGAUUUCAUUGCUGCUUACGGUGUUCGUCGCCCUCAUCCCGAUCGCUUCAUUUUAAGGUACAUAGAUUCUAGUGAUGGUUGGGGAAGAUAUUUAACCUUUGUUGAUAAUGAUAAUGAUCAUAGUUUUACCAGACAAGAUUUUGUUCCCACUGUUCCUGACCUCAUUAAGACACUCGGGUCUUCAAGUGUAGUUGGUAGCUCUCACGGUUUGUUGUGCUUUACCGGUUUUUAUGAAUAUCGGAAUGGUUGUUUGACAAAAAUGGUUGUUGUUUGGAAUCCUUCAACCAGUAAAUCCAUUGGUAUUGAAGUUCCAUAUAUGCAUAAUUAUUCACCGUCUAGAGUUGAUGGUGUUAUAGGUUUUGGGGUUUGUCCUGUCACUUUUGAUCCGACUAUAGUCAAGAUUGAAUAUGGCUUUGGCUUCCCUUGGAAAGUUGGAGUUUUUACUUUGAGCACUGGGACUUGGAGUAUUCUAUCUACCAAACUUCCACGUGGAUCCAUUAGACAUUUGGAAUGUUGGUCUCAGGCUGUUAUCGAUAGGUUUAUAUACUGGGUUGCUGUCGAUUUGCUUGUUGAUGAAGAUGAUCCAUCUAAAUUUCUGAUCAUCUCAUUUGAUUUGACUGCUAAAGAAUUUAAAGAGAUUAAUCUCACAGCUAAUUUAACAAACCAGCUUUCUGAUAUUCAGGGUAUAUUUAAUCUACGGGAGUCUCUUGUUGUGCUUGCAAAUCAUGAAGAGUUUGAGGAAGACCAGUUAGUUUGUUAUCUAUGGAUGAUGAAUGAGCAAGGUAUUACUAAAUCGUUUACAAAGCUAUACACUAUUAAGCUACCAGAUGCCACAGUAAAGAGCUUACUAGGAUUUAGGAAGAACGGUGAACUUAUACUCGAAAUAGAAUACAUGUACGAAGAAAAUGCCCAACUUGAAAUUUACAGUCCCAACUCAAAAGCCAUUAAUAAUCUCGGGAUUGAGGGAAACGUUGAUUCCUUCUUUAUGAGUUCUUAUAUGGAAACACCGCUUUUGCUUAAUCAGUUAGACGGCUUGAUUUAUAUGAUUAGUGGCAAUUCUCCUCCAUCAAAAAAACCCCGUUAUUGA